GGAAUGUGAUGAUUAUUGCUUGGAUUAUACUAGCAUCGGUCUAAACUUAGAGUCGUCAGAUCAUUUUUUGAGACUCCACCGGCCAUGUACGACGACGACGACGAUGAUGCCGAAGGCAAUGUCGGCGACACACUCCACGCCCUUGAGGCCACGUUGGUUCAACUGGAAACCAAAUGCUACCUUGCUGCGAUUCCUAGCUCCCAUCCAAAGUCGGCGGAAACCACGGCUUGGGCUGCUGUCAUGGCAGAGUACGUGGACGCUGCAGCCACGUGCACGAGGUUGAGUCAAUCGGGGGCUGCCGAGAUUUGUCGUGGAGACUGUAGCCAAGAAGGCGACGACAAUGAUGAUGGUGAUGAUGUGCUUCUCCUAUCUACUGUGCCUCGAUCAUGUGAUGAUGAUCAUGCUGGUACUACUGUAGUAGGCAGUGCAUUGCUACUUCGUAUGGAGUCGUCUCUGGCAUCGCUGGCGGCCUCGUGCACUGUCGCACAGAUAUGGGACGCAGACGCCCCCGAAGUGGUAGAUGCCAUCGCACGAUGCUUCUUUGACCUGGCCAAGCUCUGCGAAGCCACGGGAUUAGUUGUGCCAGCAUUCCCAGACUCGGACGACGCCCUUGUGGUCAUGAAGGAUGAUGCACCGUUGGACAACCGUGGUGGGAAAGGAACCAUGAAACCGGUGGCGAUCGCAAGUAGGAUACGCGAGCCUCGACGCCGACGACACGUCGAAGUUGCCAUCGAAAGCUCGUCGUCAGACUCGGACGAUGAGGCGGUGGCCUGGUGCGCGGACAUUUUGCCACGUCAGAAGAGGCCUCCACCGGCCUUGCGCUCUCGCUUCACAGACAUGGCUACCCCAAAGAAGUGAUUUUCUAUCGAUAUGUGUUAACCAUCGACGACGACAUUCUGGACUGGAUGUGGAGCAAACUCGAUCAAUUGUAAGCCUUAAUUUUCGAUAUACUAUAUGUAUAGUUCAC